CACACCGAAAUGCCAAUGGCAAAUUGAAACAUGGACUUAGUUCACGUCCAAAAAAAAAAGGACUUUGUUGUUGGCCAAACCUGAGGAUUUCUUGGAUUAUAUUGACUGAAUCAUAUACCUGUUCCUUCUCUCCCUAUCUUUCUCUCUUUCUUCCUCAAUUCUUUAACCCCAAACUCCAACAAAACUACCCUGUUUAUCCUCUCAACCUUUCAUUUCAUCAUUCUCAGCUGGCCAAACCAGAAAACCAAACACCAACUUGAGCUUUGAAUUGAAAAUGGGAAGUCCAUUCAAAGACCACCAAUCUCACUCCCCAUCUUACACUCACUCUUUCGUCAAGAAAAUCUUACCAUACUUCAUCUAUGUCAUACUUCCCAUUGCUGUAAUCCGCCUCUACCUUUACUCCCCAUCUCUCCCUCAAUCCUCCACAGUCCAUCACCACCUCUCUCAACCCUCCACAGUUCAUCACCUCCCUCACUCCACCACCCCCAUUUCCAUAACCACCUCACCACCACCACCACCAUCUUCUUCUUCAUCAUCUAAAAAUGACCAAGAACAUAAAAAACCAGAAGCAGAACAAGAACUGAAAAAACCAGAAGCUAAAGAAACUCAAUGUGACUACACAGAUGGGGACUGGGUCCCUGACCAAAUGGGACCUUUGUACAAUGGCACAACCUGUGGGACAAUCAAGAAAGGUCAGAACUGUAUCAUCCAUGGGAGACCAGAUUUGGGUUUUCUCUACUGGAAAUGGAAGCCCAAGCAAUGCUCUUUACCAAGGUUUGAACCCAACACUUUUCUUGAACUCCUUAGAAACAAGCACAUAGCUUUUGUCGGUGACUCCAUGGCCAGGAACCAACUGGAGUCCCUUCUUUGCAUGCUAGCCACUGCCUCUCGCCCCAAACUUGUUUACAGUAAUGGUGAGGACAACAAGUUUAGGAGAUGGAACUUUGCUUCUCAUAAUGUAAAUGUUUCAGUGUUUUGGUCACCAUUUCUUGUUAAAGGUGUUGAGAAAUCAAAAUCAGGGCCUGAUCAUAAUCAAUUGUUUUUGGAUCAAGUUGAUGAGAGGUGGGCAGCUGAUAUGGGUAAGAUGGACAUGGUUGUGUUAUCAGUUGGGCAUUGGUUUCUGCAUCCUGCUGUGUAUUUUGAGGGUGGUUCAGCUCUUGGGUGUCAUUUCUGUCCUGGUUUGAAUCACACUGAGAUUGGCUUCUAUGAUGUUCUGAGGAAGGCCAUAAAGACUACUUUGAAGACGAUAACUGAAAGGAGAGGGACUAGUGAGAAUGGGAUCAAUGUAAUUGUGACUACAUUUUCACCUGCUCAUUUUGAAGGUGAGUGGGACAAGGCUGGGGCUUGUCCCAAGACUAAGCCUCACAACAAGGGGGAUAAAAAUCUAGAAGGGAUGGAUGCUGAUAUGAGGCAAGUUGAGGUGGAAGAAGUGGAAGCUGCUAAGGUGAAUGCGAAUGGGGUUUCAGGGUUGAAGGUUGAAGAAUUAGAUGUGACCUACUUGUCAUUGAUGAGACCAGAUGGGCACCCUGGGCCUUACAUGAACCCAUUUCCAUUUGCUGAUGGAAUGAAAGAGAGGGUGCAAAAUGAUUGUGUACAUUGGUGUUUGCCUGGGGCUAUUGACACAUGGAAUGAGAUAAUGCUGGAGAUCAUGAAGAAAUGGAAAUGAUUAGAGAGGUAUGUGAGUUAUUACAAGACCAGAUUGGUGUGUUUUGCUUCUCUUCAAUGGUGCUCUAGAUAUGGGAGGUGGUAGUUGAUAUGGGACAAUGCCAACAGAUGAGGUAGGCAAAACUGAAUUGGCUGGUUUUGUUUGGUCUCUCCUGUAACUGAAGGAAGCAAGAAGAUAGAGCAUUUGGUGCAGAAUUUUUGGGAGAGAUUUGAAUUAACGGUGUCUUUGUAAUCAUUAUACUUGGAAGGUAGUUUCCAUGGAUGCUGAUCUAUGGGAACUGGGAAGUGAACAAAUGAAUUCAAUUGCAAGAGGUGAUAUUGAAUCGUUAUAGAACAUUCGCACUACCUGUGUUGUCUUCAGAAUUUAUAGCUGGCCUUCAAAAUUAAACGUUCCCUUGAGAGAGUUGUGUGAAUGUGAAUUUAUAUCAGUUAUUGACUUA